AUGCCCAUGCAACUCGUCAAGCAAAUUGCGAAGCAGGUUCUCCGAGUCUUUGGCCUUGACUACAUGUGCAGAUGUUGUGGCAUCAUACAUACAGGUACAUAUGCCUUGGCUUCACCAUCCACCUCUCAACAUCACAUAUCACUCAUAGAUCUGAAACUGGAAAACAUCCUAAUAUACGUUGACGACAUUCGAAUCCAUCAUCCAAGCAGAGCUUGCCUCCUCCAACACUGCCAGCUCCGAGUCCCCAUCCACCAAGCUCGUUGA